AUGAUUGGAGCUCGCGUCUUUUGUAUCACGACAACACUACAGAGAUCAUCAAUCUUCUGCUUCCCCAAGAUCCCGACCCGACCCGUUUCCAGAUUAUCACCCGUACCUAGAUCCAUCGUCGCCAUGAGCACCACUACCACCAAAAGCCAAGAGGAACUCGAUUCCAUUUUCAUGCAGAAACGGGUCGUGCGUUCUACUGUGCGCAAAUCCCUAAAAGCCAUGGACCCUUCUCUCCGAACUCAACAAGACGAGGCCAUUCAAAACACUGUUCUUGAAGCUCCUUGGUUCAAAUCAUGUCGGAGAUUGUGUGCUUACAUUAGCUGCAAGUCUCUCAAUGAAGUCGACACUUCUAAAAUCUUGUCUGAAAUUCUGAAUCAUCCUGAUUCAAAUACAAUGGCACAGAAGAAGCUAUAUGUCCCUCGUGUGGAGGAUAAGAACAGUAACAUGUGUAUGCUGCACAUAUCUCGUAUGGAUGACCUUAUUGCAAACUCUAUGAACAUUUUGGAACCAGCUUCAGUUGAUGCUCAAGGGAAUGAGCGUGAAGAUGUGAUGCAAGCAGAUGAACCGAUCGAUCUAUUCAUCUUGCCAGGUCUUGCGUUUGACAGAUGUGGGCGACGUUUAGGUCGUGGGGGUGGCUACUACGACACUUUCUUGAAGAGAUACGAGGACCGUGCAAAGGAGAAGGACUGGAGUAAUCCACUUAUGGUUGCAUUGUCAUACUCACCUCAGAUUCUUGAGGAUGGAAGUAUUCCUGUAACACCGAAUGAUGUUCUGAUCGAUGCCCUUGUGACACCUUCUGGUGUUGUUCCCAUUAGCCCUCGUGCUAUCGAGAGGUACAACACAAAAUGUUUUUAG